AUGAGAACUGCACAACUAAAACUAACACCAGACAUGUCUCCCACACCAUUAGAAAUUAAGACGAAGGCAGUUCAAAGAUUAUUGAAAGAGGAACAAUUGUAUUUGAAAGAAAUAUCUGAACAAGAGGAACAGUUACAGCAAAUGAGAGCGUCCGAUACUGAUGAGUACGAAAUUAAGAAGUACGAAAAGGUACUUGACGAGUCCAAAAGAAUGGUCCCCGAAUUGAAGAAAAAAAUCCAGGAGCAUGCAAAGGGACUCAAGUCAUAUAUUGAAGACUACAAGGGUGAUGAAGACACUAGUGAUCUGAAAGCUCUUCUUCAAAAAUGUGGCAUUUAA